UGCGCGUCCCCGCGGCCCAGCGCACGCUCCGGCCGUCGGGCGGACCGGAGGCAGGUGGCCGGGCCGCCGCCGCCGCCACCGCCACCGCCGCCGAGCCGGGAGGAUGUGGGUGUUCGGGUACGGGUCCCUGAUCUGGAAGGUGGACUUCCCCUACCAGGACAGGCUGGUCGGCUACAUCACGGACUACAGCCGGCGCUUCUGGCAGGGGAGCACGGACCACCGAGGCGUCCCGGGCAAGAAUACCACAACCUUGAAAAAUUCUAAGGUAGUCAUUAUGGGCCCAAGGAGAGAACAGACAGACUGGAGGGAAAACAAGAGGCAGGCAGAGGAAUCUAACGAGCCUGGAAGAGUUGUGACUCUUGUUGAAGAUCCUGGGGGAUGUGUAUGGGGUGUGGCUUAUAAACUCCCAGCAGGAAAAGAAGAAGAAGUAAAAGCAUCCCUUGACUUCAGAGAGAAAGGAGGCUACCGAACCAUAACCGUCAUUUUUUAUCCAAAAGAUCCCACAAUGAAACCAUUCAGCGUGCUGCUAUAUAUUGGAACAUGUGAUAACCCUAAUUAUCUUGGUCCCGCGCCUCUGGAAGACAUUGCUGAACAAAUUUUUAACGCAGCUGGUCCAAGUGGAAGAAAUACGGAAUACCUCUUCGAACUUGCAAAUUCUCUUAGAAGCCUUGUGCCAGAAGAUGCCGAUGAGCACCUCUUCUCUUUGGAAAAGUUAGUAAAGGAGCGUUUAGAAGAAAAGCAGACCCUCAGCUGCAUAUGAAUGAGCCCUAGGAACUGAGGUUGCCAAACAAGCAGGGCUUUCAGUCCUCAGUAACUUCAGUGCACAAAGGCAAGGCGUUUACUUGAAGAUAUCUUUAAUGCUAAAGUCAAGAUACUAUCUUGAUGUAGAGUUUAACUGCAAGUUUCCUGAAACACAUCGAGAAGAUUGGCAUAUAGAGAAAAAAAUUACAAGUUUUAAUAAUAUGAAUUCCUAACUAUGUGAAAUUAAAUAUUUGCUCAUUACAAGUGAGUUCUUUAGAAAUGUA